AUCCUUGAUCAUUCUAGAAAUAAGCUCUUCAGCACCUGUGACCCUUCUCUCGUUAACCUACGUGUAUGUAUCUCAUUAUAAAGCUACACAUUUGAAGUCCUUCUACAGAAUCUUGAAACCUUUGCAUUCCAGAAAAUCCUCUGCAGCCUGUUUGAUCCUUUUUAUUGCUCAUAUAUUUGCCAUCUUCCUCUUGUGACCUCAAUGGCUGAACAACCGAAACUUGUGAAAAUGUUUGGACCCUCAUUGCAACAGCCUGCAGAGUUCCAGCUCAAAGAAACUAGUCCCUUCCUUGGCGGUGGACAAAUUGUUGGAGGUCGAGUUUUACAUUCAGAAAGGCCAACAAGCACAUAUGACCUCGUCGAGAAAAUGCAUUACCUCUUUGUUCGUGUAGUCAAGGCAAGAGACUUACCUCCUAAAGAUGUCACAGGAAGCCUUGACCCUUACGUCGAGGUGAGGCUUGGCAACUACAAAGGAAUCACGAAGCACUUCGAGAAGAAACUGAGUCCAGAAUGGAAUGAAGUGUUUGCCUUCUCUCAAGAGAGAAUGCAGUCUUCAGUCCUUGAAGUCAUCAUCAAGGACAAGAACCUCGUGAAGGAUGAUUUUGUUGGCCUUGUUCGAUUCGUGAAUGAUGUCCCUACACGAGUACCACCGGAUAGUCCUUUGGCUCCCGAAUGGUUCAAGCUUGAAAACUUGAAGGGAGAGAGAGUAACUAAGGGUGAACUAAUGAUAGCAGUUUGGCUUGGUACACAAGCCGAUGAAUGCUUCCCCACUGCGUGGCAUUCAGAUGCUGUGGCUUCAGCCGGCGCCUCUUUCCUGGGGUCCCAUAUCAGAUCAAAAAUUUAUCAUGCUCCAAGAUUAUGGUAUGUUCGAGUGAAUGUCAUCGAGGCACAGGAUAUUGUAAUAGCUACGAAGGAUCGGUUUCCUGAUUUGUUCGUCAAAGUUCAGAUUGGCGGCCAGAUCUUGCGGACAAAGACUGUUCAGGAACUUAAGGUUUUAUGGAAUGAAGACCUCAUGUUCGUCGCUGCUGAACCCUUUGAUCACAUAGUUCUCUCUGUUGAUGUUGGGCCAAAUAAAGACGAGCCAAUUGGAAGAGUUCAGAUACCGAUAGGAUCUGUAGAACGACGACUCGAUGAUCGUAUUGUUAGCUCUCGAUGGUAUAGUCUCGAGAAGCAUGUCUCAGGAGACGCAGAACAAGCAAAGAAGGAGAAAUUUGCAAGUCGGAUUCAUGUUAGAAUUUGCCUCGAUGGAGGUUACCAUGUCCUCGACGAAUCCACUCACUAUAGCACUGAUCUUCGUCCAACGGCGAAGCAACUAUGGAAGCCUUCGAUCGGUUUGCUUGAGCUCGGUAUUCUCAAUGCUGCGGGUCUUCAUCCUAUGAAAACACGCGAGGGAAAGGGAACUUGUGAUACAUACUGUGUCGCAAAAUAUGGCCACAAAUGGGUACGUACACGAACAAUUAUCGACAGUCUAAAUCCGAAGUACAAUGAACAGUAUACAUGGGAGGUAUACGAUCCAGCCACUGUUCUCAUCAUUUGUGUCUUCGACAACUGUGAGAUCAACGAGAAGGGUGGUGCUGGAAACAAAGACGCCAAGAUUGGAAAGGUACGCAUACGCCUCUCUACACUCGAAACUGGGAGGAUAUACACCCAUUCAUACCCACUUAUAGUACUACAAAGUUCAGGCCUGAGAAAGAUGGGUGAGCUCCAUUUAGCAAUCAGAUUCUCAUCUACUUCUCUAAUAAGCACAAUGUUUUUGUACUCAAGACCCUUACUACCCAAAAUGCACUAUAUAAGGCCGCUGUCGAUGGUCCAGCUCGAUAUGCUUCGUUACCACGCAGUCCAAAUCGUAGCCUCUAGGCUUAGUCGAAUGGAACCGCCGCUGAAAAAGGAGGUAAUCGAAUACGUAUCAGACGUAGAUUCGCAUCUUUGGAGCAUGAGAAGAAGCAAAGCUAAUUUCUUUCGGCUCGUAUCAGCUUUCUCGUGUUUCUGUGCAAUCGGUAAAUGGUUCGGGGAUAUUUGCCACUGGAAAAAUCCAGUGACUACGGUACUGGUUCAUCUUCUGUUUAUACUGUUAGUUUGUUUUCCGGAGUUAAUACUUCCGACUGGAUUUCUGUACAUGUUUCUUGUCGGUCUUUGGAAUUAUCGAUUGAGGCCACGCCAUCCUCCUCAUAUGAACACUAGGCUUUCGCACGCUGACGCAGCUCAUCCAGAUGAACUGGACGAGGAGUUUGAUACAUUUCCAACAAGCCGAGGCCCUGACUUGGUCAAGAUGAGGUACGACAGGUUGAGGAGCGUGGCGGGGAGGAUACAGAUGGUGGUGGGCGAUUUGGCGACGCAGGGGGAGAGGGCGGGGGCGUUGCUGAGCUGGCGGGAUCCGAGGGCUACAGGGAUUUUCUUGAUAUUUUGCUUGGUGGGCGUGCUGGUUUUGUACGUUACGCCUUUUCAGGUGGUGGCAGUGGUGGUCGGGUUUUACCUGAUGAGGCAUCCGAGGUUUAGGCACAGGUUGCCGGCAGAGGCCGUAAAUUUCUUUAGAAGAUUGCCUGCGAGGACUGAUAGUUUGUUGUGAGGUUUACUACUGGUUUGUAAUAUUUUCUUUUCUGUUAUGUGAAGAAGUAGAACUGGAUGAAUUAUUAUGUUCCUGUUGCUGUAAUUCUUACUCAAAUCCUGGU